UUUUUAAACUACAUCCACCUUACCUAAACUAUAUAUUGUAUUCUAGCUAAACUUCUAGAAAAAAAUAAAGGUUUGAUCUUUUUAGUUGUAAUGUACAUUAUCUGAUAUGGGUGUUUCUCAUUAUUACAAAAAAUUGUUAUAGGGGAAAAGGGGUUAGUGUAAAAAUUUCGAUUGAAUGGAUUCUCCAGUGGCAACGAAGAAAUUGUAUCAAAGUUUAAGUAGAAACAAGACUAUGGAGAAAAAAGAUGAUACUUCUUUACAUAUUGCAGUCAGGGCAGGAGAUAUAGAUGCUGCUUUUAGAAUAUUGAGUAGUUAUGAUGAGCAAAAGUUAGAUGAAUUUUUGUCAAAGAAGAAUCAAUCGGGUGAAACCGCGUUAUAUGUUGCUGCUGAGUAUGGUUGUGUUGAUUUGGUGAGAGAGAUGAUCAAGCAUUAUGACUCUGAGGCUGCAAGUAUCAAGGCAAAUAAUGCCUUUGAUGCCUUUCAUAUUGCCGCGAAAGAAGGAAAUAUUGAUGUAUUGAAGAUUCUUAUGGAAAUGAAUUCAGACCUUUCGAUGACUUUUGAUCAAAAUAACACCACAGCAUUGCAUACUGCUUCAGAACAAGGCCAUUUCGAGGUCGUGGAUUAUCUCUUGGAGAAUAAUAGUAGCCUGGCUAGCAUUGCAAGAAACAACCUGAAAACCGCUCUACAUUCAUGUGCAAGACAGGGUCAUUUAGAGGUGGUAAAAGUACUUUCACAGAAAGUACCAGCUAUUGUUGGUAGAGCAGAUAGGAAGGGACAAACGGCUCUCCAUAUGGCGGCUAAGGGACACAAUGUUGAGGUUGUUAACGCACUUAUUGCAGCCGAUAAUGCAUUGAUAAAUGUGGUUGACAAAAAGGAUAACACUGCACUGCAUAUUAGUGCAAGAAAGGGCCGGACACAGAUUGUCUUGGCAUUGUUAAAUAACAAGGGAACAAUCAACAAAGAAGUCAUUAACAAAUAUGGAGAAACAGCUCUUGACACGGCUGAGAAAUUUGGGCACUCAGAAAUCGCGCUCAUCUUACAUGAACAUGGAGUCCCAAAAGCCAGAUCCAUGAAAAACAUACCCCCACCAUUAACACCAAAAACCCGUGAAUUAAAACAAACAGUAAGUGAUAUCAAACACGGAGUUCAUAACCAGCUCAAACACGUACUGAAAACUGAAAAAAACGUAAAAGGAAUGAGAAAAAGGAUCAACAAAAUGCAUCUUGAAGGUCUCAACAAUGCAAUCAAUUCCACCACAAUUGUUGCAGUUUUGAUUGCAACGGUUACUUUUGCCGCCCUUUUUCAAUUACCCGGUCUAUAUGUUGAUAACCCACAAAAAAUACCAAUAGGGUUUUCUUUAGGAGAAGCAAACAUAGCUUCAAAACCAGAAUUCAUCGUUUUCUUGAUCUCUGACUCUUUAGCACUCUUUAUAUCACUUGCAUUGGUGGUAGUUCAAAUGUCUAUCGUGGUAGUGGAGAAAAGAGCAAAGAAACAGGUGAUGCAAUAUAUCAAUAAGUUAAUGUGGUUAGCCUGUGUGUUUGUUUCAGUUGCGUUUCUUGCGCUGUCUUUUGUUGUUGUCGGAAGUGACAAAUGGUUGGCGGUUGGGGUCACAGUUAUUGGGUCAAUGACAUUGGCGUCAACGUUAGGGACAAUGUGUUAUUGGGUUAUUAGGCAUAGAAUUGAAUCUAGUAACAUAAGGAGCCGCAGACUUGAAAGGAGUAGCAAAUCGCUCUCUGGGUCGGUGUCACCGCCCACAGACUCUGAAACUGAUGAUUGCAAGAGAGUGUAUGCUAUUUGAUCAUUAUCAUAAUAAUGUUGUAUGCUCUACCUCUUUUUUCAACUAAGAAGUUGUCUUCUUUUUUUUCCUCUGUAUUUUUGUUGGUACUUGACUACUUGUGUUAAGCAGGUAGUCAGGUACCAUUAUGUAAAUAUUUCCAAGGAUUAAUAAAGUAGAUUAAAAUUGCUCUA